GCGCCGACCCAUUCGUCGCCCGGCCCAGCCUCCGGAUCACGCUCCAGAGGAUAGCGGGCCCCCAGCGCGCCGAGGAGCGUCACCGGCUCCUCCGGGAGCGCCUCAUCACCCUCUUGGGCGUCCUCGACACGCCCGGUGACCGGGGCGCCCGGGGCUGCGCGCGCGAAGACCUCGUGGCCUCCCUGGAGGAGUCGUACUCCGAGGUUCACCUGGCGUUCCUCACGGAGUCGCGGCGCGCCCUCGCGUUCGCCUCCGGGGUCGGGCCCCCGGAGCUCACCCACAGGCCCGAGCUACUCGAGGAGGGAGAUCAUGAGGGGGCCCCCCGUGCGGCCCUGGGGCCCGAGGUGGUCCCGGUGCAGCGACGGGCGGAGGGGGGCCCCAACCCCGCGCGGGAGGCGGAAGAGCCUCCCCCGGAGGAGCCACCCCCGGCACCCGCAGGCCUCGGGAGCGCGACGGUCGUCCCCGGCCCCGCCGGACCGGCGCAGGGAGAAGCCCAGGACGAGUCGGGGGAGUCGGGCGGGAGCGCAAGAGGAGCGUAUGAGGAGGACCCCGACGAGGACCCUUACGACUGGGUGGCCAGCUGGAUCCCGGAAGGGAUGGCGGCGGACUGGGCGCGCACCCCCAUGCUGCCGACGGGCGGCUACACUAUCAGGGCGCCCAUCCCCACAAGCUGGGUGGAGCUGUGGAAGCCCGAGGUCCUGCAGGAGAUAGGCCACUUUCCCCCGGAGCUGGCGGCGUGGCUGGACUCCACCAUUCGGGUCGGGGGGGGUGAGUGGAUCCAGUUUGAUGGGUGCCCGCGGAGCCUGGACGCCCACCGCGCCCUCCCGCUCCGCUUGGAGGAGGGAGGCACGGAGACGGUCUACUACCACCCGAAGCACAUGCUGCUGUUCUUCGUGGAGGCGCGGGAGGUCUACAGGCUGAUGCACUUGGUCCAGGGCCCAGUCCCCCAGCACCUCAGGGCGCACCGGAUCAGGGCGCGGAGCCGCCUCAGGACGCACCCGCUGAGGAGGGGCGGGGAGGCGGGGGCGCGGGGCCGGGAUGGGGGGGCGGACCAGAAGGGCGAGGCCGACCCUGUCGGGGCCGCCAGCCCGGCCCAGGGCGCGGCGGAGGACGGGCCCAGGCUGGAGGGACCGGCCGAAUCACCCGAGCCCCCGGAGGGCGCCCAGUCCAGGCACCCGCACUUCCAGCUGCCGGAGGAAGGGCCCCCGGAGCCCGAGCCGGCACCCCCGGCCGAGGAGCAGGGACCCCAGGAGGCGGAGCCGGCGGCGCCGGCCGAGGAGCAGCCCCGACCAUCCAAGUCACCCUGA